AUGGGGAAGUUCAUCAUGAGUUGUCCAAAGGCAGCUUCUUGCAACCUUCUCGUCGUCGUCUUGGUCAUCUCCUUGCUCGCGCUUGACCGCCCCAUUGCUCACGCGCGCCAUUUGAAGAGCACGUCCAUGUCGAGCCCUGAUUCUUCUCCAGCGAAAGGAUUGGAGGGAGAUCCGAAGAAGAAGCUCGACGAGGAGAAGAACACCAAGAAGGUUCAGACCGUGCAAGCUGGGUCGUCGAGCUCCGUCGACCUAGCAUCAGGAAGCCCUGGCGUCGAUGAGCUCGCCAAGAUAGUCGUGGUUGAUCUCCGGGGGCCAACGCCUCACCCAAAGAAGCACAACUUAUAA